AUGGGACAUUUUGUAGCAAGCCUCAGCCUGUCUGCUUCUCAGGAGAGGAUCCAGCAAUGUGGCAACAGUGACCAUGGAGGAUCCAGCAACACAUCAGGUGCCAAGCCAGCCUUCCGCGGAAAAUCUCAGAAGCAUGCUACCCCGAAUUUCCAGAGGGAACCUUAUGUCUGGGCCUCCAAGGCCAAGCACAGGGCUGCUGUACCCUUUGCGCCCCCAGAGAAACUGACCAGCUGUGUCUUUCCGAGGCCAAUGACUCUCAUCACUACCCACCCUGGUAAUGAGGUCAGGGAUGGUCCAUGCAAGGUCAAGCUGGAGAAGUCCCAGCAGCUCUGUGCAAGCUGGAGGAGGAUCCCUGGGCCAGUUUGGUGUCAAGAGCUUGCAGCCUACUCCUGGCAUAUAGCUGUUGUGGAAAGAGAUGAUCUCAGAAGCUUUUUGUCCUUUACCUCCCUCUUGAGCCAGUGGGUCACUGCUGCAGACAUCCAGAGACAGACUCGGAAACUGAAGAAAGCCAGGGAGAGACUGGCCAAGGCCUUGAAGGCAGACAGGUUGGCGGGGAGGCAGAGAGGUGGGCAUCUAGGAGAAAAGAGCUGA